ACUUUUCUUCUCUCUGUGGAGCACACGAAACAAACGGUACACAAUACGUAUUUAUACGCAUGAAAUACGUAUACGAGCUGAAUCGUUUUUGAGGAAGAAUGCUGAAGACUCCAAUGGAGGCCGUGGCUUGGAGAGGGUUGGUUUACACUGGAUUCCUUCUCAAUUUCGUCUUGGUCUGUCAAUUCGUUCUUCUUCAACCUCUCGUAUCCGCUUUAGGCAGCAAAUCUGGAAAUGCUGCGGAAUUGUUUGAGAGGGUAUCACAAAGUGUGAAGGUGAAGCGAUAUAGUGAGGCACUUGAUGAUCUUAAUGCUGCUAUUGAGGCAGACCCAUCUCUUUCAGAAGCCUAUUUUCAUCGUGCAUCAGUUCUUCGUCAGUUGUGCAGAUACAAGGAAUCAGAGAGAAGCUACGAAAAGUUUCUGGAGCUGAAACCUCGAGACUCAGCAGCAGAAAAGGAGCUUGCUCAAUUGCAUCAGGCGCAGAGUGCACUUGAUACAGCUUUAACUCUCUUUGAAUCGGGCGAUUUUACAAAAUCUUUGGAAUACAUUAGCAAAGUUGUCCUUGUUUUCUCUCCAGCCUGCUCAAAGGCAAAACUCCUCAAAGUGAGAUUGUUAAUAGCAACAAAAGACUAUUCUGGCGCCAUCUCUGAGAGUGGAUACAUUCUCAAGGAAGAUGAAGAUAAUCUGGAAGCAUUAUUACUCCGUGGCCGUGCCUACUACUAUUUGGCAGAUCAUGAUGUUGCUACAAGGCAUUACCAGAAAGGUCUCCGCCUUGAUCCAGAGCACAGUGAGUUGAAGAAAGCAUAUUUUGGACUGAAAAAUUUACUUAAGAAGACUAAAAGUGCAGAAGAUAAUGUAAAUAAGGGCAAGCUGCGAGUUGCAGUGGAAGAUUAUCGAGCUGCUCUUGCCAUGGACCCUAAUCAUCUUGCAUAUAAUGUUCAUCUCCAUCUGGGUUUGUGUAAGCUCUUGGUCAAGCUUGGGAGAGGAACGGAUGCUAUAAUCAGUUGCAAUGAUGCACUUGAUAUUGAUGGGGAGCUUCUUGAUGCUUUGGUUCAGAGGGGUGAAGCUAAGCUCCUGACAGAGGAUUGGGAAGGAGCUGUUGAAGAUCUGAAAUCGGCAGCUCAGAAAUCACCUCAGGAUAUGAAUAUUCGGGAAGGUUUAAUGAGAGCCGAGAAAGCCUUAAAGAUGAGCAAACGCAAAGACUGGUACAAGAUUUUGGGAGUUUCGAAGACUGCAUCUGUUUCUGAGAUCAAGCGUGCCUAUAAGAAGCUUGCUCUGCAGUGGCAUCCGGAUAAAAAUGUCGACAAUAGAGAAGAGGCAGAGAAUAAGUUCAGGGAAAUUGCUGCCGCAUAUGAGGUUCUUGGGGACGAAGAAAAACGAACAAGAUAUGAUAGAGGGGAAGACCUUGAAGAUAUGGGCAUGGGCGGCGGUGGCGGCGGCUUUAACCCUUUUGGCGGCGGAGGACAGCAAUUUCAUUUCACAUUUGAUGGUGGCUUUCCUGGUGGUGGUGGUGGUGGGUUUGAAUUCCAUUUUUGACUUCACAAAGAGAAUAAAGAGUUCAGUCGUUGAGGAACCCCAAACACCCUCAAUGUGACUGAUUGCUGACAGGUUUUGGCCAUAGGUUUAGUCGGUUCAUCGAAAGAAGUUAGUUGAGAAAAUGAAAAUUUUAUUGCUUCAGUUAUUUUGGUACGCUUAAUGUAUGACAUCUCUCACUAUAUAUGUAUUCUCAUGGACCGGCAAAGUACGAGGGGAUAGAAUCUUUUGCACAGAGGAAGAACAUGUUGAAAAAUCUAAUUUGUGAGGGAUUUUUUAUUUUUUAUUUUUUUUUUUAAAUGGAAUUA